CGGCGGACCAUCGAGGCGUCAGGCACACCAGCCGUUCAACGCUGCUGGUAUCGCUGUUGCUGUGGCGUCCAAGUGAGCGUUCAUGUUGUUGCGUUUCGAGACGCUAUGGUUGCAUAUGUUAUGGCCGGACGUGCCAUGUUUGCUGCAGCUGCAGGCGCUCAUGCUGGGUCCCUCUGCUGGUGCAGCUGCUGUGCCCCUGCCUUUCCUCUGAUGGUCCGGCGUCGUCAAGGCGCCAGACAAUCGGAUGGUCCGGCGUCGUCAAGGCGCCAGACCAUCGGAUGGUCCGGCGUCGCCGAGGCGCCAAACCAUCGGAUGGUCCGGCGUCGUCAAGGCGCCGUACCAUCGAGGCGUCCGGCGCACCAGCUGCUCGACGAUGCUGUGGUUGUAGAUGUUGUGGUCGGAGGCGCUUCCUUUGCUGCACCUGCAGACGCUUGUGCUGGGUCCCUGCCUUUCCUGCGAUGGUCCCGCGCCGUGAAGGCGCCACACCAGCAGAUGGUCCGGCGUCUUCAAGGCGUCAGACCAUUGGAUGGUCCGGCGUCGUCAAGGCGCCGGGCCAUCGAGGCAUCCGACAUACCAGCAGCUCGACGCUGCUGUUCUCGUUGUUGCCGUGACGUCCAAGUGAGCGUUGAUGUUGUUGCAGUUCGAGAUGCUGUGGUUGUCGAUGUUGUGGUCGGAGGUGCUGCGUUAGCUGCAGCUGCAGUCGUUAAUGUUGGGUACCUCUGUGUUUGCUGCAGUUGUGCCCCUGCCUUUCCUCCGAUGGUCCGCCGUCGUCAAGGCGCCAGACCAUCGGAUGGUCCGGCGUCGUCAAGGUUUCAGACCAUCGGAUGGUUCGGCGUCGUCAAGGCGCCAGACCAUCGGAUGGUCCGGCGUCAUCAAGGCGCCAGACCAUCGGAUGGUCCGGUGAACACUGAUGUUUUUCUGGUUCGAGAUGCUGCGGUUGUGGAUGUGGUCGUCAAGGCGUCGGACCAUUCAGGCUUUCGGCACAGCAGCUGCUGCCGCUGCUGCAUCGCACUGUUGCUGUGGCAUGUGAGCAAGGGUUCGUGUCCCGCUGCACAUGUUGUGGCCGCGGUUGCUGACGCAUUUGCCCCAAUGUCCGUCAGUCUUGCUGUGGUUCCUCUGAUGCUGGGUCCCUCUGCUGGGUCCCUACCUUUGCUGGCCCUCCCGAUGGCACGGCGUCGUCAAAACGCCAGACCACCGGAUGGUCCGGCCUCGUCGAGGCGCCAGACCAUCCGAUGGUAUGCCAUCGUCGAGCCGCAAGACCAUCAGAUGGUCCGGCGUUGUCGAGGCGCAAGACCAUCAGAUGGUCCGGCGUCGUCUCGGCGCCAGACCAUGCUUCGAAGAUACUCUGUGGUACCCACUCGAGAGCAGAAAAGAGCUCCCCUUCAUGAAGAAUAGACUCCUAUGCACUGCAGCUCGCUGUCCGUACAGCGAUCUUCGGUUCAGAUGGUUCGAGAUGGUCGAGAGAAACAAAAGCUCCACUGCCCA